AUGGCGUCAUCCACGAUAAUAAUUUUGAUUUCGAUCGUCUCGAUCGCGUCUAUCACCGCGGAGGCAGUCAAUAUUGACUCCGCCGAUACGGAUUGGAUUAAUACCCACGUUGACAAAUUUCCAGAAACAACAGGUCGCCGGAAUUUGCAAACAAGGAUCGUUCCUAAAUACUAUGGCCUCGACGUGUGGCAUAUGUUGGAUUUAAGGCCUAAACUUCAACCGCUGAACACGUUAUCGAAGCCUACUAAAGCCGAGCGCAUUGAAAGUCAGCAUGAUGCAGGUUGGAGAAGUCGACGACAAAUCGACGGCAAAACAUUAGGCGAAGAUGGCGGAUCCAGCUCACUCUCGUCCCUCGCCAGCUCUAGUUCGCCGUCAAAUGUAAACGGUGAGCACGUAUACCCCGUCAGUGUAGAAAAUUGGAUACUCCAACAACUGAAAAUCGAGGAAAUGAAUCGGAUCCUGGAACCCACUUUGGGAAACAGACGUCGACGCUUGGCAUCCGGUGAAGAAAUAUCAUCAGACAACAAUACUACAGCGGACCCGACGGUCCCUAUUGAUGCGCAUAAAAUGAUUGAAGUUAAAUGCUUAUUAACUCUUUCGCUCCCUGUAUCCCUUCCAACAGAGUGUAUACAAUUUUAUUUUAGAUCUUUAUUUAAAACUAUUCACUGA